AUCGCGAAACGAGACGACACAACUCCCGCCCCGCGCGAACAUACGCGAGCUGCGUUUAUGCAACCGAGUGUUAACCAAAACAAAUAAGUCAGGAUGAGUGGUGUAUGGUGUCGCGGACUGGUGGGACUGAUGCUGGUGGCUGUAGGAGCUGCGAUCGAGAUGUACUAUGAGUUGCCGGCUAGGAAUGCUGCCGAAGACCUGGAUUAUCAGAACUACAACGACGUUUACACACUGCCGCUGUCGGUGGAGCAGAAGCUGUCACCAAAAGCUGCAGACCAGGACGUCAUGAUGUACAAGAUCCUCAGGAUGCUGCAAAUGGACUCCCCUGAAUACUACUCUAAUCGAAUACCAGAAAUACGCGACAGUCGGAACCAGGUUACAGACUUCAGUGGAGGCAUGGUGAUGAAGAGGCUAUCGGGCUUCGUGUCAAGGCCGGAAAGGUUCAGGUUCCGACCUCAGUUCCGAAGCGCCGACGACAGUCAGAAGACCAAGAAAGAAGGCAAGCCCAUAGGUUCAAAUCAGAUAUGCUAUUUCAAGCUGUGCUCAUUCGCGCCGCCGUCGAAGUAAAUGUUGUAAAAGUAAACUGAAGUCGCC